CAGCCCGCUACAGAUCCCAACGCGCUCCCGUAAAAAGGCCCGUCCUGAUCCUCAUCGGAUCUUUCCGUUUUCGGCAAUCUCUGCUCUCCAUCCCCAAACGCUUUAAUUUUCGCGCUCGCGCCCAAAUCUUCAGCUGAUUCCGAUGGCGACCAGGAUCCUUCACCUGCUGAGGGAGCGGCGGAACGCGGCGUACGCAACCCUCGCCCUCUUCGUACUCUCCUUCUCCUUCUUCGUCUUCACUAGAGUCAGCAACCCCCUCGCCUCCUACCAAAAUCUCGAUUCCAUGUCCAACCCUAAGUCCCAAGGUGGUAGCUUGCAGAUUCAAAAAGAGGAUCCACAAAACCCUAACCCUAGCCCCACUCAAGCCGACAAUGCGCAGAUUCGAGAUGAGCGGCAAGAUCCUAACCCCAACCCCAGUCCGAUUCGAGUCGAUAAUCCACGGAUUCAAGAUGAGCAACGAGAUCCUAACCCUAACCCUAGCCCUAGCCCCGUUCAAGUCGAUGGCCCUAGCUCCGUGCAAGUUGAUAAUUCGCAGGUUAAUGAAGAUAGCAACGAUGAUGAGCCAGCUGAGGAGCUUGAAAUGAAGUGGGAGAAGUGCGGAGGUGCUCAGUCCGUUGAUUACAUCCCUUGUUUGGACAACUGGAAGGCGAUUAAGGAGCUGAAGUCGAGGAGGCACAUGGAGCACCGGGAGAGGCACUGCCCGAAGCCGAGCCCGAGAUGUCUGGUGCCGUUGCCGAAGGGGUAUAAGACUCCGGUGCUGUGGCCGAAGAGUAGAGACAUGAUCUGGUAUGACAAUGUUCCUCACCCUAAAUUGGUUGAGUAUAAAAAGGAACAAAACUGGGUGAGAAAAUCUGGUGACUACUUCAUAUUUCCUGGUGGUGGGACUCAAUUUAAAGGCGGAGUUGCAAAAUAUGCUCAGUUCAUUGAGCAGACUCUGCCUACUAUUGAGUGGGGAAGGCGCACAAGAGUGAUCCUGGAUGUUGGCUGUGGUGUUGCGAGCUUUGGUGGGUACCUGCUGGAUAGAGAUGUUCUUACAAUGUCACUUGCUCCGAAGGAUGAGCAUGAAGCCCAGAUACAAUUUGCACUUGAGCGUGGGAUUCCAGCUUUUCUCUCAGUUAUUGGGACUCAGCGGCUUACUUUCCCUGAUAAUGUAUUUGAUGUAAUUCACUGUGCUAGGUGCAGGGUCCACUGGGAUGCAGAUGGUGGAAAGCCAUUGAUGGAGCUUAACAGGAUCCUGAGGCCUGGUGGUUUCUUCAUCUGGUCUGCGACACCAGUUUAUCGAGAUGAUAAUGCAAGAGACAAAAAUGUCUGGAAUGCUAUGGUAAAGUUGACAAAGUCUAUGUGCUGGAAGACAGUGACAAAAGCAAUAGAUGCAAAUGGAAUUGGACUUGUAAUUUAUGAGAAACCUGUCUCAAAUUCUUGCUAUGAAGAGAGAAAGGAAAAUGAUCCUCCUUUGUGUGCACAGGAUGCCAGACCAAGUCUUUCAUGGUACACUCCCCUUGACAAUUGUCUUCCAUAUCUCCCAGCACUUAGCUCAGUUGAAGAGAAGGAUUGGCCCAUUUCGUGGCCCGAAAGGCUCAGUGUUGGACCUUCAAGGCUACAACUGGAACAAGACAAGAGAGACGCUGAAGAAAAAUUUUACAACGACACAAAGAACUGGGAUACACUUGUCUCAGACCUUUACUUGCAUAGUCUUGCAAUCAAUUGGUCAAGCAUUCGUAAUGUGAUGGAUAUGAAUGCUGGCUUUGGAGGGUUUGCUGCAUCUCUUAUCAAGCAACCUCUCUGGGUAAUGAAUGUGAUACCUAUCCAUGGGCCAGAUACUUUACCGGUUAUAUUCGACAGAGGGCUAAUUGGAGUCUAUCACGACUGGUGUGAAUCUUUCAACACAUACCCACGGACUUAUGAUCUACUGCACUCCAGUUUCCUAUUUGGAGAUCUCACACAAAGGUGUGAUAUCGUAGAUGUAGUAAUAGAAAUGGACCGAAUAUUGAGACCUGAUGGAUGGGUUUUGAUUCAGGAUACAACAGAAAUGCUUAAAAAGCUACAAUCAAUAUUCAAUUCUCUUCAGUGGGUGACCGCUGUUCACGGCAGGAAGUUCCUUGUUGCUAAAAAGAGUUUCUGGCGUCCUGGCUAGAUCAAGCCCACAACUGAGAAGAGUAGUUUGUUCAUAUGCGCGACCUAUUUAUUUUGGCGAAGCCUGACUUUUGUUAUUUGUUUUUUUUUCCUCCUUUUAUUUUUCCAUAGGGAAUUUUCUUCCACUGUAAGAUUUAUUUCUGUUUCACGUAUAUCAUUUCAUUACCAUUUUUUAUUUUAUUCAUAUUGGUGGGACCAAUAAGAUGUUAUAUGGGUU